AUGAAAAAUAUAAUAAGUGCAUUAAAAGCUUUACCUUUUGAAAAUAAGAUAUGUCAACUUCCAAUUGAUGAUUCCAAAAUUAAUAAACCUAGAAAGGUUAUUGGAUAUAGUUUCAGUGAUGUAACACCAGAAUAAAAGGAAAAUCCGAGAUUGAUAGCCCAUUCCAGAUCUGCUUUUUCUUUGAUCAAUGUAGAGCUGGAUGUUAAAAAUGAUGAGAAUAUUUAAAUAUUAGCUGGUAACUUGGUACCUACUUUGGCAAGACCUGUCGCUCAUUGUUAUUGUGGUUAUCAAUUUGGAAAUUGGGCAGGGUAAUUAGGAGAUGGCAGAGCGAUUACUCUAGGAGAUGUAAAUGGAUAUGAAUUGUAAUUAAAAGGAUCUGGAUUGACUCCCUAUUCUAGAUUUGCUGAUGGAAAGGCUGUCAUUAGAUCAUCAGUUCGGGAAUAUUUAUGUUCUGAAUUUAUGUUUCAUCUAAACAUUCCCACAACUAGAGCUGCUUCACUUGUAAUUACAGAUUCAAAAGCAGAGAGGGAUAUAUUUUAUGAUGGACAUCCUAUAUUAGAAAAUUGCGCAGUUGUUUUAAGAAUUGCAUAAACUUUCUUAAGAUUUGGAUCUUUUGAAGUAGAAAUCGAUCUGAAUCCUAAAAAUACAAUCAUACCUCAACUUUGGGACUAUUGCAAGAAAUAAUACUUUGGAGAUAAAGAAAAUCCAUUUUAAGAAAUUGUUAAUAGAACAGCUAAAUUAGUUGCUUAUUGGCAAUGUUAUGGGUUUUGUCAUGGGGUUUUAAAUACAGAUAAUAUGAGCAUUAUAGGAUUAACCAUUGACUAUGGACCUUUUGGAUUUAUGGAUUAUUUUAAUAAAAAUCAUAUUUGCAACAACAGUGAUAAAGAAGGCAGAUAUAGUUAUGCUAAUUAACCUUAAGUGUGUUUGUGGAAUUUGAAUAGAUUGAGCGAAGCUUUGGAAGAUGUAAUUCCCAAAGAUCAAAGCAAAUAGAUUAUUUAGGAUUCUUAUUGGGUUGAAUAUAAAAAAUGGUAUUAUCAUAUUAUGCUGAGAAAAUUCGGUUUAAUUGAUUAAAAUUAAAUGGAAUUCACAAAAUCUUAAUGUAUUUUGGUGGAUUCCUUUUUCGACAUUUUACAUUAGAGUUGUACUAAUUUUACAAAGGUAUUUUAAAUUUUACAAUAAAUUGAAAUACCACAUCAAAAUUAUAUAGAUGAAGAGGUUGAAUUAAAUCAACAAGAUAUUAAGAUUGUAGAAUAAUUGGUUUAAAUUUCAGCACCAAGAGAGGUUUAUCUGCAAAUGAGAAAACCAAAAAUUGCUAAAUAAUAAAUUGAUUAAUUUAUUCAAUAUGCUGCUUCAUCUAGAUAACUGUUAUAUAUGUUUGGAAUCGAUGAAAAUUGGCUACAGCAAUAAAUAUAAUUAUACAAAGAGUAUGAUAAAUUACAAGUGAUAUCUGAAUAAGAAAGAUAAAAAAUCAUAUCCUUGUUAUGGACUGAUUGGGUAAUGUAGUACAAAUCUGAAACGAAUUAAGCAAAUCGCAUUUAAAUAAUGGAAUAGAUGAAUCCUAAAUAUACAAUUACAAAUACUGUUCUCUAAACUGUAAUAUAAGAAGUGGAAACCAACUAAAAUUUUGAUUUAUUACAAAAGGUUUAAUCCGUUAUUGAAAAUCCUUUUGUGAAACAUGCAGAAGUAGAUGACUUGUUUAAUUAAAUUUGUAACAAUGAAAUUUGCGUAAGUUGCUCUUCUUGA